AUGUCCCUCCACAGAUCCCGCUCCCGAAGUUCUCUAUCCGAGACCGGCGACGUGAAAGUAAACCCCAGCACCACGCAAAAGAUCGACGACCCGGAAUCCAAACUCGGUCUCGCUUGCGAAUCCGCAUAUGUCUUUGAUCACCAAGCCGAGAGGGCUCUGUGUCGAAAAUUCGAUUUUCGUUUACUCCCUGUGCUGGCGUGCAUGUACCUGUUCAACUCGCUGGACAAGGGAAAUUUGGGAAAUGCAAAGACGGAUGGCAUGGAAAAGGAUUUGGGCUUCAAGAGUAAUCAGUAUAAUAUCAUCUUGAGUGUGUUUUAUAUACCUUAUGUGUUAUGCGCACUUCCUAUUGCUGCGCUUGGAAAGAAGUAUGGACCUGCAACCGUCCUACCCAUCCUCAUGAUGUUCUUCGGAUCAUUCACUAUUCUCGGAGUCGCCGUCCAAAACUUCGGCGGUAUGAUGACUCUCAGAUGGUUCCUCGGCAUGUCCGAAUCCGCCUUCUUCCCCCUCGUGAUCUACUACCUCACCACCUUCUACCGUCGUGGAGAACUCGCCCGUCGUCUCGCCAUCUUCUACGCCGCAAGUAACAUCGCCUCGGCCUUCUCCGGUCUCCUCGCCGUCGGCUGUUUCCAAAUAACCAGCACCCCCCUCUACCCCUGGCGCUACCUCUUCCUCAUCGAAGGCAGCACCACCCUCCUCUUCGCCAUCUUCGCCUUCUUCUACCUCCCGGCCUCCGCCUCCACCGCCAAAUUCCUCACCGAACCCGAACGCACCCUCGCCUACCACCGCAUCCAAGUCGACUCCUCCUCCAUCGUGAACGAAGAAUUCCACCUCAACGACUCCCUCGCCAUCUUCAAACAACCCUCCACCUACGCCUUCCUCGCCAUCGAAAUCUGUCUCGGCGUCCCCCUCCAAUCCGUCAACCUCUUCCUCCCCCAAAUCGUCGCCCGUCUCGGCUACUCCACCAUCAAGACCAAUCUCUACACCGUGGCCCCCAACGUCUCCGGCGCAGUCAUGCUCCUCAUCCUCGCUUUCUCCUCCGAUUACACACGCAGACGUGGGCCCUUCAUCGCCCUCGGUUUCCUCUUCACCUUCAUCGGCUUCAUCAUCUACGUCUCCAUCGACGUAACCUCCCAACUGCACGUCGCCUAUUUCGCUACCUUUAUGAUGUGCUGGGGAACUGCAGCUCCGAGUGUAUUACUCAGUACCUGGUAUAAUAACAAUAUCCCGCACGAAGGCCGUCGCGUGGUGAUGAGUAGUGUGGGUGUGCCGCUGAGUAAUUUGAUGGGAUUGGUUUCGUCGAAUAUCUUUUUGAAUAAAGAUGCUCCUAAAUAUAUCCCCGCCCUCGCCACCACCGCCGCCUUCGGCGGCAUGGGCGUCAUCCUCAGCACUUCCCUCGCCCUAUACAUGAUUUUUGACAAUCGACGUCGCGACGCAAAACUCGGGCGUAAAUUGGAUAUUGGUGAGACGACGACGGAGUUGUUGAGGGACGGGCCGAGUGUGCAGGAGUUUCGAUGGUUUCUGUGA